CCCGCAGGACCUUUCUAGAGUGUCUGGGAGAAGCGGAGUUUCGCGGGAGCUGAGAUUUUUAAAGAGAACCCUCGGCACCGCCCACCCCCCGCACGUGUUACAAUUCUUAUUUUCUAUCAGAAUUCGUCGUGCUGGUGUAUGACCACGUUUAACCUUUGUUACAUUUAGAUUCAGAAUCAAGUCCGUGUAAGGAUCGCAGUACUUAACCUGUUUUAAUACUUGUGUGGGAGGCCGGCCAGUUAUCUACCCCCCACCCCCCAGCCUGUCCUUUGCAGGGUGGAAGGGAGAGAGAGACAUGCUUUUCUGGGUGACUUUGAGCAAACCUCUCCCCCUCUCAGUGUGUCAGUUUCCCCAUAUGUAAAGUGAGGGUUUGGGUUGCAAGUUUCCAAGUUUGCCAUUGGCGUGCGAAUUCCGGGGGUGGGUGUUUCUUUAAAAAUUCGGAUGUUUGCGGGUGGAGGGCAGGCGUACGUGGGUUUUGCAAGCUAGGCAGCUGAUUCUAAUACCUACCCAGGUGUGGGAGGGAUCCUUCCAGCUUUAACCUCCUCUUACUUCCUUUAUAGGACAUAGUGUUAAACCUUAAAAUGGAAACUUAAAAACUGGAGGAAUGCCACUGUGAGACCACUUUGCAGAGUGGAUUUUGGCAUUUGGGACAGAGCCUGGGCAAUCUCUCUCUCUCUCUCUUGGCCUGGCCACUGGCUACCAGGUGUUUGCUUUGUGGAGACUAGAUGGACAGAUUCCUGGUGAAGGGGGCUGUCAGGGGCCUUAUGGGAAAGAGGGAGCAAGGGCAGACCGGAGGAGGCCCAGCAGGGUUGGCAAAAGACGAGGAGACCAGCAGGAAAAAGCCCAGGAGAGCAGCCCCGGGGAAUGGAGUGCACUCGGCAGGCCUCAGCUGGAGGCACAUUGGAGCCGAGGGCCUGGACUGCGAUUACACAGUCCUGUUUGGCAAAGCCGAAGCAGAUGAGAUUUUCCAAGAGUUGGAGAAAGAAGUGGAAUAUUUUACAGGUGCGCUGGCCAGGGUCCAGGUGUUUGGGAAGUGGCACAACGUCCCAAGGAAGCAGGCGACAUACGGUGAUGCUGGGCUGGCCUACACCUUUUCAGGCCUUACUCUGUCUCCAAAGCCCUGGGUCCCUGUCCUAGAGCGCAUCCGGGAUCGCGUUUCUGUAGUGACUGGACAGACCUUCAACUUCGUGCUUGUGAACAGGUACAAAGACGGCCGCGACCACAUUGGUGAGCACAGAGAUGAUGAGAGAGAACUGGCUCCUGGGAGCCCCAUCGCCUCUGUCUCCUUUGGGGCUUGCAGAGACUUCUUCUUCCGGCAUAAGGAUUCCCGGGGGAAGCACCCCUCCCGGAGGCUGGGGGUGGUCAGGCUCCAGCUGGCCCAUGGAAGCUUACUGAUGAUGAACCACCCAACCAACACUCACUGGUACCACAGUCUCCCCGUCCGAAAGAAGAUUCUGGCUCCCCGGGUCAACCUGACAUUUCGGAAAAUCCUGCCUAUUACGAAGUAAAAACGUUUUUAACAGCUAGUACUUCUGUUAGCU